CACUGCGCUUUGGCCAGCAACAACACCACUAAGCAUUUCAUUCUACGAGUAGAGGCAGUAAGCUAGAAAGCUCUGAAUCAAACGUUUAGAAGUUCGUAGUAAAGAUGAAGAGCAGCACGCUGUUGGUGAUCCUGGCUCUCCAGGCCGUUCUGGUCAUGGGCAUCUUUGCAGGUGUGGCUAAAGAAAACGCGGUAGGGGAGAACAAGGGCAACAGGGAGACCAACGGCGGCAAGCUCAAGUGCUGCACCAGCUGCAACUUCUCUUUCUCCGGGCUAUACACCUGUGACGACAUCGUGAAUAAGUGCGACCCCGUCUGCAAGAGCUGCGUCGUCGUGAAGAAGCACCCGGUCAAGCAGUUCCAGUGCACCGACACCUUCCUCGGCAUGUGCGGCCCCCCGUGCAAGAAGAACUAGGUUCAACGUGAGCUAAGCUCAGCUGAACCCAUGCAUGUACUGCAGGUUACACGCCAUGAAUAAGCCGUUGCUGUUUGCAUGUGUAUGUGUCCCUGCUCAAUCGAACUGGAAUAAAAAUAAGCUCACUUGUCUACUAUA